UUAGUAUUUCCAAUUUAAAGUUUAAAAAAUAAAAUGACAAAUUGUUAUUAUAAGUCAUUAAAAAUAUUCUUCCACAUCUGACAAACAACAGCUCAUCCUAUUUAAUUAACUCUUCUGUCUACACUCUCUUCUCACACAUGCCAUAUUGCAGGUAACUCUGUCUCCUUCUUAUACCAAACACAAUAUAAAGAUAUUUCAAACGAUGUGGGAGUUCCACAACGCAGACUCUCCACAAAAUGCUGUCUGUUAUUCCUUUGGAUUUCUCUGUAUCUUCAACUCUCACCAAAUUCACACAUUUCAAUAUUAGUUUUAAGAAGCCAAACUCUUUCCCUUCCAAGGCUUCACCUUCAUCCAAUGAUUCCUCUCUCCUUUCUCUCUCCAACUCAGGAAUUUGCAGGGCUAGUGAAGUUGCUGAUUUGUUCUCGGCAGUGUCACCAGAAGUUGUUGUCCGCGAGGCAAGGUUAGAAGACUACUGGAAAGUAGCAGAGAUUCACUGCAAACGCUUCUUCCCUGAAUAUUCCUUCCCUUUAGAUUUUGUGCUCAGAAUAGACAGAUUGGUAAUAGAUAUGUUAUCAGCUAUGUUAGCAGCUACAUUAGCAGGAUUCUUUAAGCCAAGAUACUGCAAGAAAAUGUGUUUGGUGGCUGUUAUUCGCACCUCAUUUGAUGAGUCUUUUUCAUUUGACAAGAUUGGUUAUUUUGAUGGUAAAUUCAGUGUCAACAAGGGCUAUGUGGUUGGUAUAUUAACACUAGACAAUAUUGCAGACUUUCUACCAAGAAAGGGUCCACAGCGACAUAGAAGGACUGGAAUUGCAUACAUAUCAAAUGUGGCAGUUCGUGAAAAUUUUCGGAGGAAGGGAAUUGCUACAAAACUGAUAGAAAAGGCUGAGUCUCAUGCCAGAAGUUGGAACUGUCGUGCUAUUGCACUGCAUUGUGACAUAGAAAAUCAUUUGGCCACAAUGUUUUACAAAGGCCAAGGCUACAAAUGUGUCAUGGUUCCGGAAGGAGCAAAGUGGCCUCAACCAAUGACCUCAACAGAUAUGAGAUUCAACUUCAUGAUGAAACUUAUGAAAAAUUCACCACCUUCUACUUAGACAUUUAGUUGGAAAUAGUAUUCAUAAACAUUUGUUUAUUAAAAAGCAAUUCAUUAGUUUCUGUCAUGUUUCUCAUACAUUCUUUUUUCUUUUUCUUCUUCUUCAUUUGUGU